AUGGCAAAGACGACCCCAGAAAAACCGAAAUUGUCCAAGCCGAGAGUGUAAGUUGCGCUCCGUGGCGAAGAGCGCCAGUUUCAAAUUCUUGGCGCGUUUUUGAAAAUUUGUGUUUUUUUUUUGGUGUUUUCUGUGUUUUUUUGUUCUUUCGGAUUAUUAGGCCUUUUCAGAACAGUUAUAUCCUUCUCAGUACCUUAUUGAUGCAUUUAGAGGUGUUUUCUUUCAUUUUGAAAACUUUUUCCUUUCAAAAUUCCAUUUUUAUUACUCAAUAUCAUUUGAGGAUUGCUUUUCACAGAGAUUUAUUGUUAUAAAAGUGAUUCUUGGGUUCUUUAUUAUUCAGGAAAUGUAUCAGAAUAACUAAAACUUCAUGAAAUAUCUUCAAUUUUCAAAAAAAUCGUCAUUUUCCAGAAAAAAAAGACCAAAUUUAUAAUGCUGCCGAAUUUUGGAUUUAUUUAGUGUUUGAAAAAGUUCCUCGUAGUGUUUUUUUAUUUUAUUUUUUUCUAUUAUAAGAUUUUUCUCUCCCAAGUUUUAUUUUUUUCAGCUUUCAACUCUGAGAAAGAUAUUUGCAUUUUUUCAAGGUUUUCUUCAAAUUUUCCAAAAUUCAGCUCUUAUUUCUGCUUUUAAGUCGCCUAUUUUUGAUAAUUCUUUGUCUUCUUUUAAUUUAAUAUUCAAUUUUUUCGUGUAAAGUUCCUUUUCAAAAGAAAAACGUUCAAAAAUCUUUAAAGAUAGUUUUUUUUGACUUUGCUCGCGAGGUUACGUUUUUUCGUUAUUUUAAAUAUUUCACGGUUGAUUUUCCUUUUGCAAAUGGGAAAUAUAUAUAUUAGUAAGCUAUAGAAAAUAAAAUAUAUUGAUAAGGUUCUUAUUUUCAUUAAAAUAAAGCGGAUUUCAGCCGAAUGGCUCCCAUCCGCCAGGAGCUUUCCAAAGAAGAACGCGUAAAACGAGUGGCAGCGGCUAGACAAGCAUAUAGGUCAGUUUCCGCGGCGAAAUCUCGAAUUUUAUCAAGAUUUUCAGUAAAAUCAGUCGGGCGACGAAAGCGAGUUCCAGAGUGGCCGCGAAAAAAGCUGAAACUUCUGCGCUUUUGAGCCAGAAAAAUGAAGAGUUGGUUUUUUUUUUUGAGGCAUUCUAGAUAAUUUUUCUCGUUUGUUUAGAUGUGUUUCUUGAAAAAGGUAACCAGAAUUGAAAAAAGUGAAAAAAUUUGAUGAGAAUAGGCCAAAAAUCAAAAAAAUCGCAUUUUUGGAAAGGGAAAAAGUAAAUUUACGCUUUUUUUUGGAACUUUCUCUCCUUUUUGGAGGUAUAGGUGAUUCACGGCACUCUUUCUGCGCUCUCCACUAACCAAGCACUCUCUUUCAUUUUCGUGCCAAGACUCAUUUUUCGAUGGCUCAAGCCAGCUAGCUUCAGGACCUUUUUGAUAGCUGAUUCACGGCCAGCUUGGGACGCUAAGGGCGGUGUCCUGUCUGCGCUCUCCACUAACCAAGCACUCUCUAUUUUAUUUUCGUGACAAGACCCAUUUUCCGAUGGCUCAAGCCAGCCAGCUUCAGGAUCUCUUUCAUAGCUGAUUCACGGUCAGCUUGGGACGCUAAGGGCGGUGUCCUGUCUGCGCUCUCCACUAACCAAGCACUCUCUAUUUUAUUUUCGUGACAAGACCCAUUUUCCGAUGGCUCAAGCCAGCCAGCUUCAGGAUCUCUUUCAUAGCUGAUUCACGGUCAGCUUGGGACGCUAAGGGCGGUGUCCUGUCUGCGCUCUCCACUAACCAAGCACUCUCUAUUUUAUUUUCAUGACAAGACCCAUUUUCCGAUGGCUCAAGCCAGCCAGCUUCAGGACCUUUUUGAUAGCUGAUUCACGGCCAGCUUGGGACGCUAAGGGCGGUGUCCUGUCGGCGCUCUCCACUAACCAAGCACUCUCUAUUUUAUUUUCGUGUCAAGACCCAUUUUUCGAUGGCUCAAGUCAGCCAGCUUCAGGAUCUCUUUCAGAAAAAAACCCUUGCCCUUUAAAUGAACAUAAUCUCCAUUUUUGGUGUACUAACCCCUUUUUGAAGACCGGCCAAGGUACGGGAAGAACCGGAGUUCGUGCCGGACCCAGCCGCCUUGAAACUGAUCAAAUCCGACGUCCCGAUCACUCGGGCGGCCCUCAACUUGGGAAAAUCGAUCUCGGCCAGACCUUCCAUCAUAGGCCGCCCUUCCGUCGUUGGCAGGCGUCUUCCGGACCGCCCACCGAGGAGCUCUUUCGCUGUGAGACCUGGUUUUCUUGUUUAAAGGCGCAUGGUCAUUUAAAAUUUUUCGAAUAAAUGCAUUUUUUUUUUCUUUUUCAAGUCUUUUGGGAAGUGAAAUAUGACCUUUGAGCUGUUAAAAUCAGAUUUACUUCGUGUUUUUUGAAAAAAUUGCAAUUUUCCCUUCGCGCCAUAGGAUUUCUUUACAUAAAGGAGGUUACUAUAAAAUAAUUUACCAAAAAUUUUUUUAAGCCAUUUUUUUCAAAAUUUUUCAAAAAUUUUUUUCGUCGUAAUACUAUAACUAGAAAAAAAUAUCACUAGAAAUGUAAAAAAAUUCAUUCAGAAUAUGAAAAAAAGCAACUAUUUGAUCUGAGAAUACAAAAUUUAAAUUUCGCGCCAAAAAAAAGGGUUUUCCAAAAGUUACCGUAAUCCAUUUAAAACCGAUUUCAAAAUUUUAUCCCAAUCGAGUCAGAAAUUCAUUUUGCAGCAAAGUUGCUCUACUGAUAAAAUCGUCAUUUUUUGCUCCUAGAAAAUUCACCGCCAUGGAAACUUAUGUAUUUUCGAACAUUGGCCACGAAAUUGCGGAAAAUUGGUAUACAGUAAUCCUUAGCGAAGUAAAAAUUGUGUUUUUUUCAAAAAACGCGAUGAAAAUCUGAUUUUAAUGGUUCAAAAUUCAUAUUUUACUGAUCAAGUCACUUGGAAAAUUUCUUCCUGAUGAAAAUUUUAUUAUUUUCAAAGUUUCAGCGGGCUUCGAUGGCAGGCCCACGGCCCAGCGUCCUCCCGUUGGGCAUAAAUUUGUUCGAGGCAAAUGACGCGGAUCGGCUCAGGGUAAUAUAUCAAUCAAUAAAUCGAUAUGAUUUUUUUUUUCACAAUUUUUUCAAUUCCUAGUGUUCUCUGAUGUACUGAAAAAAGUACUGAAAUUUGGAAAAAAGUUAUUUUUUUUUUUUUUUGCUUGUUCUAGUAAACAUAGUGAAAAGACCCUAUAGGGGAUCUAAAAAUGCUCCUUUUAGGGCUAAAAUUGAGGUGGUCCUUAUAGGGGCUUAGAAUCGGACUCUUUUCCUCUGAAAUUUCCUAAAAUUUUCCCUAAAGGCACCCCUAACUUAAAUCUUUUUUUCAAUCUUUAGUGGUCCUUUUAGGGGCGAAGAGGAGGGGGUGAAGUGGCCCCUAGAGUGGCAACUUUGAAGGAAAAUUUUGAAAUGCUUCUCCUCAUAGAGUUCAGAAAAUGGAUCGAUUAGCAUGUCCCCUGUAGGGGCCACUUUUGCAAGCUUCAGUGGCCCCUAUAGGGGGAGAUAAAGUGCUCCCUUGAGGGGAACCUUCAAGGGCUCCUAAGGUUAAUAAUAAUAUUUAUUUACAGGCAGAACAUAAAAAAAUGUACAAGAAUGAUUUUGAAAAGAAAAAAAUUUGCCCCUAUAGGGAUACCUUAAAGAAAUUAGAUGAGCUUUUGGCACCAAAAAAAGUAUUUUUUCAACGUUUUUUUCGAAUUUUUCGUACAUCGUUCCACUAUAGAACCAACAAAAGUCGAUACUUUUUGAUCAUUUUGAAAUUUGAAGGCCCGCGAGUUCAUCGUGAGCAAUUUGGCCCCGGGCCGGAAAACCUCGACGACGGAGGAACAGGCCUCGACUUCGUUGACCGUCGGCAAUCCGCUGACGCCAAGUCGAGCCACUGGCGGACUUUUUUCUGGGGUAUUUUUUGAUUUUUAGCUAUCUGAAGAGCUCAAAUGUCCUCUUGAAUAUUAUUUUUUGAAAAACGAGCUUUUUGAAGAGUUUUCAUGAAUCUUGUUCGUUUUUUUUUUCCAAAAUUUUCCUUUUUUGUCAUUUUUGAAAAGGUCCAUGAAACAGGCUUCACGAAAAUUUGGCGAAAACCUCUUUUCAGAAAAUUUUUUUGGCAAAAAAUUGACUUUUUCCAAUUUUUAAUGCUCGAUAGUCAUAGGGGUUUUUUCACUUUUUUUUCAAGAGUUUUAGUGGUCACUUUAGGGUUUUUGACGUUCUAGUGGUCACUAUAGUAGUCGAAUUAGAGGCGAAAAAUCAGGGGCCUCUUAAGAAGUCUGACUGGUGCUAUUAGACUACUUAACACUACUAUAGUGGCCACUAAGAGGAUUCUAUUGAGUGACCACUUGAGUGUCCUCUCCAAGCAGCCCUUGAGGAACCUCUUAAGUGGCCAAUAGAAGUUUUCCGAAGUUCUUUGAUAAAAAUCCGAAUCGAAAAAAAAGUUAGAAGUUGUACUAUAGAUUAUUUUUUAGUUCAGGGAUCGUUCUCUUGGAAAAUUUCUGGUGGCCACUUUAGGGUUUAGGCCUUCUAGGGAUCACCAUAGUAGUUGAAAUAGUGGCCACUUGAGUGGUUGAAAUUUAGUGGCCUCUUUAGAAAUCUGUCUGGUGCUACUGGGCCACAAAAAACUAUAGUGGCCACCAAGAAGCUUCUAUUGAAUGUCCUCUCCGAGGAGUCCUUGAGGAACCUCUUAAGUGGUCACUAGAAUUUUUCAAAGUUAAAAUUUGUAGUUUAAAUUUAAAAAAUGGUUUUUCCGCUUAAAAACUGUCCAAAAAGGGUUUUUUUAGCAAGUUUUUUUUUUCUCUUUUGUAUGUUUUUAUAGCAAUAUUGUGUGGCUUUUUGAACACUAAGUUUUGUAUUUCCUCAUUUUUUUCAAUUUUCCUUGAUUUUCAUCAGUUUUGAGACUUUCUAUCGGCGGCAUUGUGUAGGAAAACACAUCAAAAACGAAAAAAUCCAUUAUUUUGCUGCCUUUUUUCAACUUCGAAAUGGUUUAGUUGGCCUCGAGCCGCCGAAAAAAGACGAUCCGAUUCCAAGACAGCGUGAUAAUGGAGCAGCGAGAGUCUGUGGACAUUGAGGAGGUUGCAGAGAUAUUAUAAAUAUCGACUUUUUUUAUAUUCAGUUGGGCGACGUGAAGGCGUUACACUUGAAAUUUUGCAACGAGCUCGAAAGAGAAUCCCUGGGACUCGCCUCGAGAGAAGGUUGAGCGAUUUUAUCGAUUUUAAUGAUUUAUUGAUUGAUUUAUCGAUUUAUUGAUUGAUUUAUUCGUCGAUUUAUUGAUUGUUUUAUCGAUUGAUUGAUUUAUCGAUUUAUUGAUUGAUUUAUUGAUUUAUUGAUUGAUUUAUCGAUUUAUUGAUUGAUUUAUCGAUUUAUUGAUUGAUUUAUCGAUUGAUUGAUUCGUCGAUUUAUUGAUUGUUUUAUCGAUUGAUUGAUUUAUCGAUUUAUUGAUUGAUUUAUUGAUUUAUUGAUUUAUUGAUUGAUUUAUCGAUUUAUUGAUUGAUUUAUCGAUUUGUUGAUUGAUUUAUCGAUUGAUUGAUUCGUCGAUUUAUUGAUUGAUUUAUCGAUUUAUUGAUUGAUUUAUCGAUUGAUUGAUUCGUCGAUUUAUUGAUUGAUUGAUUUUUCCAGCAACCCCAAAAAGAUUCAAAUCGGCCACCGAACCCGAAAUCGUCCCCCGCUCGAUUCUAUCCAAAAAAGGAAAUUCAAAGGUUCAGAAAGAAAAAAAAUCGAUAAUUUAAUUUAUUGAUUUUUUCAGCAGAAUUUGGUUUUCCCGGAAGACGAGAACCUCCCGCCGGCUGGCGAUCAGAAAGCCGCUCUUCAAUUUGAGGAUGUUUUCAGGUAUUUUCAGGGGAAAACGCGCAAGUCGUUUUAAGGUCGGGCGCACUUUCAGAGUGACCUCCUUUUAUCGAUUUUCGACUGAUAAAAUUUUUGUAUGGAGUCAAAUAUUUCUGGUCGCAUGUAGAAUGGCUCAGAGCGCUGCGGUCGGGAUGUUUUAAUGCAAAAAGGCGCAAGUCGCUUUACGGUCGGGCGCACUUUCGAAGUGAUCGUUUUUCUCUUGAUUUUCGGCUCAUUAAAGUUAUAUAUCGAUUUGAAAGCUCUUAGAAUGGCUCAGAGCGCUACCGCCGAGAGCUUUUGAAUGCGAAAGGGCAGAAGUCGCUUCAAGGUCGUUCGCAAUUUUAGAUUGACCGAUCUUCCUUUGAUUUUUGGCUUUAAAAAUUGUGGUAUCGAUUUGAAGAUUCGUGGUCGCAUGUAGAAUGACUAAAAGCGCUGCUAAGACUUUUCCAUGCAAAAGUGCGGAACUCGCUUUAAAGUCGGGCGCACUUUCAAUGUGACCGUUUUUCUCUUGAUUUUCGGCUCAUAUAAAAGUGGUAUCGACUUGAAAAGCCCUAGAACGGCUACUAAGGCUUUAUAAUGUUAAAGUGCGUAACUCACUCACGGUCGGGCGCCCUUUCGAAGUGACCGCUUGGCAGGCGAGCCAUUCCCAGUGCGGUCAGGGAAAAAAUACUUGAAGGAGAUUUUUUUGAUUGUCUUUUUCUGCAUGUUUCCUUUUCCAAGAGUUGAAAAUCUUCUGCUUGCUUUCCCAUUCUCACCAUCAUUCAAUUUGAAAAAGCUCAAGGAAUGAAAUUUUUGGGCGAAAAAAUGAUUUGUACCCGACUAAAAACGUACAUUCCCCCUUGUUUUUUUGGGUUUUAUUAAUUCCCAGAGAUUUCUUUUGAUUUUUUUAUAGGAGGAAAAAUUUGAAAAAUUUGAAUUUUCUGACAACAAGUGUUACUCAUGGCAGAUUGAGAGAGCUUCAUGGAUUUUUUUUUUGCUUUUCGAAAAAAAUUAGGAAUUUCAUACAUGGGCUAACCCACAAAGUUAUUAAUGAUUUUAAGCUCAAAAGCUGUGAAUUUUCGAAAAUUAUUUUCUUGGGAGAAUUUUCUUAAAAUGUUCCGAAAGGCUCAAAGUUCGGUGAGCACAUGUAAUCCAUCCAUUGGAAGCAUUUUAAAUAGAAAUCAGAUCGAUUCAUAACUUUUGGAGUUUUUUAUGACGCGAUUUCUACGGUUUCCCGCGGAUUUAUCGACCGCUCGGAGCGAGGAUAAGAGAUAUUCGAUCAAUAUACCACUCAAUAUAAUCGAAAAAGCUCAAUAAAUAUCAUGGAGAUGUUUCCAGCUGCUUAAAAAAAGCCAACUGAAUGCAUAGGGGGUACGAAAGUGAUACAUUUCCCUCGAUUUUUGAAUUAUUCUCUGUAAUAAACCUUAUAAUGUUACAGCUACGUGAUGGCGAUGAAAGCCGACGAGGGAAACGCGGAAAAAAUCGAGGCGAUGGCCUUCCAUCUCAAUUCUUUGUCGAAUAAAAGGUCCUACUAGCUUUGUAUUUUCUUCCUUGUUUUUUUUUUUCGAAAUUGUGACCAUAAAUGGGCAGACCAUUUUUAAAGACCGUCGACCCUCUCAAAUUAUUUGAAUUCAAGUAAAUACUACCUCCCCGAGGCUAGAACUUGUACUAUUAAGGUUGAAACUUUUUUUUUUCAUUUCCCUGGUUUUUCAAAAUUUUUGCAAGCCGGUUCCUCCUCUUCCUUGCUUGCCCAUCUAUGCUGAAGAUCCUAGUAGCUUUCUUUUUUUCAGUUUGAUGAUCUUUUUCAGCCUAAAAAGCCCCAACUUUGAGUGGAAUUUCUGAAAAUCGGGCAGGAAAAUGAGAACUUGGAGGCUUUUUCAGUUCUAAGUCUAGCCAGAGAAAUUUUUGUCUUUAAUUUUUUUUUCUCAAUUUCGAUCCCCAUGCAUGUAGUUCUAUGUAUUCUUUGAUCUCAACCAGUUAUUUUUGAAUUUUUUUUUCCUUUUUUUUUGGUCAAGUUGGCGAAAAAAUUACUCCGUAUAGAGUAGAAAACUGGAAUUUUUCCUUUUCAAACAAUUUUUGUUAGAAACUUGAAUUUUCAGCUCAUUUGUAAUCUAAAUUUGUACUUUUUAAGUUUCUUUUUUUUUCUUUCUUCUUCUAGAGAUUUGUCGUUUCAGAAGAGGAUGAAUAGAUAAAACGAAGUGAAAAUAGAGAAUCUAAAAGAUUCUUCCUAGUUCAUUUUUGAGGUUUUUACAUGAUUUCAUGAUUUUUUUUUUCCAGUCAAAGUGCUCUGAACGAAACGAUGACGUCAGAUGAUGACGAAUUGCCGCCGAUGAGAGCCGAGAAAAAACGAAAGAGCCAAGUUCAAAUGGUUUUCAGAAAUUCGGAAGAAAAUUACUCAUUUUUUAAAUUUCCAGAAAAAGCAAGAGAGAAGAAGGUCGUUGAGGACACGUAUGAAGGCGGAGGUUAGUUUUGAAGAUUUGGGGGGCUUCUUAAGGAUUUCAUCUUAACUUUGAUUUUUUUAGAAAAAAAGAUUCGGAAAAAGCAUUACUGAAUGGCUUUAGAUGAUCCCUUAAGGGAUUUCUUAGAAAGCAGACCCCUCAAGUUGUCACUUUCCGUUAAUCCGAGAAGUUUUUUUAGUCUCCACAUGAUUUAAUGUCGAUAAACCUGAGUGGCCUGUCAGAUGAUCCCUCAAGGGGCCACUUAGAAAACAAAUCCCUAAAGUUAUCACUUUCUAUUAAUCCGAAGUAGUUUCCAUAUGAUUUGAAGUCGAUAAACCUGAGUAAGUGGCAUUUUAGAUGACCCCUCAAAGGGCCACUCAGAGAGGAACCCUUUUAAGUUAUCACUUCCUGUUGAGCCGGCAAAAAGUUUCUUCAACGUCAAUAGAAACUUGAUAAAAUUUAGGUGGCCUUUCAGAUGAUCCCUCAAGGGGCCGCUCAAAAAGCAGACCCCUUAAGUGGCCUCUUUCUCCUUUUUUUUCCUAUCAAGUAUCGGUUCUUCAAGCUCAAAGUCAUAUACCAAUUGGAAAUUACCCUCAGAAAGACCCUCGAAAUCCCUUAAGUGGCCACUUCAAAUAGGGCUUAUUUGAUUUCAAAUUUAUCUCUUAAGUGAUCACUCAGCUGACGAACAGAAAAUUCCUUAAGGGAAAAACGAGACAUUUGGCGUCAAGUAUGUUGUUUGCGUACCAAACGCUUCAAUUGACGAGAAUUUUUUUGAUUUUUUUUUUUUAAUUUUUAAUUUCAGGACCGUUUCUCGCGCUCUUUGUUCCAGCCUUGA